UUCAUACGGUCAAUGGCGUACGGUUGGGUUAGAUCGCAUCGUGGUCGUGCAAGAUUGCAGCAUCCGGUAGUUAGAAUAACAACCUGCCGAAAUCUCCAAAGAUUGUCCGCGUGAUCGUUGCUCCCCGCCGGGAGUUCCAACUCCAUUAGUCAAAAUAGAUAUUCAGCCGCAGAUGUUCCCCGGCGCAUGAUACUAGUGUCCGUGACACGUACGUGAUUGAGGUUGAAUUUUCCGCACGCUAAGCGCCUUUUCCUGGUCAGUCUGAGGACGUGACGGACAGCCCGUGUCGUCGUGUGCAGUGAAGCGGGCCGGGCAGCGUGGGCGUGAGGUGCGCCAUAUUGGAAAAUAAAAACCUCUGCCCUGAGCGCGAAACGUGGACAGCGGCACGGUGAGACAGAUCCGCAGAAUCAUCAUCACCAACACUAACCAACCAACGCCUAGUAGCCGAAUUCUGACCGAUUUGUGUCGGUGUUUUUGUUUGCGAAUUCUGUGAUCCACAAAUCGUGCGUAAGAGGCAAGGAUCACGGGCCAAGAAACAACGAAGUUAGUUGCAGUUUGCAGCGACGUUUGCGAAUGGUCGUUGCAACACAACGGUUGGCAAUUAUGCUGACGAACAGCAAGGCUGUCAAAAUCACCAACAACGAUUAGGUGCGUAAAGUUACGAAAAUUCUUCCCGGAAAUUGCAUUUUGCUUGGAAGCAGUUAGUUUCGAUAAAUGACGAAGGUCUCUGUACUACGACAUACGACGCAUCUUCGCUCCCGUGGGACGUCUCCCUAUCCGUAUCUCUAAGCGAGCAGAACAGCGUAUCAUCACCACCACACUGCCGGUGUGUGUGGCUAAAAAUAGUGGAAACGAAGUAUUUUUACCAUCUAACAUCAUAUAUUGAAGGUGGUGGUAGAGCGAGGCCAGCGCGAAAAGGGGAGUCAGAAGAUCCCACGGAAAAUAAGGUGUUGCGACGCCCUUUCGGUCGGGAGGGAAAUUGGGACAAGAAUCCCGGCAGGCUGUUGUGUUGGUGUUUCACCUGAGCAGCGCUUCCACCGGGCGUGUGUUUAUGAAUUGUGUAUUGAAUAUUAUUGUGAAUUUCCGUGAUCGCGUACGAAGCAACUCCCUCUGGCGGUGUGAUUUAUUAUUCUGCUUACCCUGUGUUGUGCUGAUAUAGUGUUUGGUGAGUGAACGUGAAACAGUGUGUAAACAACUGCAUCAAAUCGACAUUUUCCUCCGGCAUACGAAGCGCGAACCACCGUUCAUGUGCACACUUGCCACUUCGGUGACGACUCCGGGCCUCGGCACUGGACGGAUCGGGCUGGAUGCGAUCCAACCGCGACAGGGCAGCACGGAAAGUGCGGCCAGCGGAGAUUCGGACAAUGGUGGAGGGGGCGUUUAUGAUUCGCCGGUCUGUACAUCGGCGGCAACUGCUGCGCUACAAUGGUACUAUCUGGCGAACUUGGACGCACAUUCGAGCGAGUCAUUACAGAGCUCGAAACUGUUCUCUCCUGCCUAUUGGAACGGAUCUGAUACAUUCGCGCCAUCCUCACUGUCCAAUGAAGCGUUUAAAGGCGAUCGGGAUCAAAGGGACGACUGUGACUCACCGCUGCUUGCCGAAGAACUCGCGGAACUGUGUGACCAGUUCGACGAUCUGGGGCUCUUCGAGUUAACUUCCAGAGCUCGUCCGAAUCAGCUGGAGGUGGACCAUUUUGCGGGAUAUGGAAGGGCUUCCCUUGGCGGUUAUGGUAGAAGCAUUUCGCCUAACGCUUCGAUACAUCAACUCCAUCAUCACCAUCACCAUGUGAAGCACCUUCAGCAGCAGCAGCAGCAACAGCAGCAUCACCACGAGUUGCCAUUGACAAGACCACAGCAUCAACAGCACGCCUAUCACCAUCAACCACUGCCGUUAACGAACCACCAUUAUCCACCCGCGUACGGAGGACAUCACCCGUUGCCGUUACAUAAUGGAGCCUCGGAGCAUCAGCAUCUGCAGAAUGGAAACCAUAAGUACAGCAAGGUGCCCCCGGCCAACUAUCUCUGCCAUCUGUGCUUCAAGAAGGGUCACUAUAUCAGAGAUUGCCCACAGGCACGCCCGAAAGCGGAAGGGAAAACACCGUACCAGGGUAAGAAGCGCUGCUUCGGCGAGUACAAGUGUCCCAAGUGCAAGCGAAAGUGGAUGUCGGGCAAUUCGUGGGCAAACCACGGCCAGGAGUGCAUCAAGUGUCACAUCAAUGUCUAUCCACACAAGCAGCGCCCAUUGGAGAAACCGGACGGGCUGGAUGUGUCGGACCAAUCGAAAGUCCACCCGCAGAUGCUGUGCGAAAAGUGCAAAACGUUGGGUUACUACUGCCGAAGGAUCCAGUAGCCAUCUUGGGCCGCGUGCUUGAUAGAACACGUGCCCCAACUCACGGAAAGCGGAGGCAGGAGUACGGAGACUCGGUUUUUGAUACUAAUUUUUUUACAUUAACAUAGUUGCAAAUAGUUUUACAGGGCAGGUUAAACUGCUUCCAUCUACUUCCCGAACAUAUGCAUACACGAGGCACUGGAACCGAAUUCCACAUAUCUGUAAAUAAUGGGCUGGUGUGUGGCCAAUAUGCCAAUUGUUUUGAAGCAUCUCGACACGCAAAGCUCAAACUCAUUCGAAAAAGAAAUAACAAAGCCGAACCCAAUUCGAAACACUUCCCAUACUUCUUCCGUGCGCACAGUUUACCGUGCACGGAGACGGAAAUGGGCAAGAUUUGCAAGCAUAAUUUGUAUUAUUUUAUUGUAAACCCUCGAAGCAGAAAGUAACAAAACUGCCAGCGAACUGUUUUUGGUAAAAAAAAAACGUCUCGAUCUCGUGUACAAUUUGGUAUGAACAAAAACAGAAGAUGAUAAUGAUGCGCAGCAUAUUAAGCGUUUGUUUGGCAAAACACAAACGAAAUGCAUUCGUUUUCAAUAAAUAAAUCGA